GCUUUUGGUUGCGUUUGUAAACCCUAAUUUUCUCAAAAUCGCCCGCAUCCAAUUUUCUUUCCGGUUCCCUCGAUCAAACUUCGUUUAUUCCACGAAAGGGAAGAACAAGGAUGUCGUACGAUGAUGUAGAAAUCGAAGACAUGGAGUGGAACGAAGGGCUUCAAGCUUACACCUAUCCGUGCCCAUGUGGGGACUUGUUUCAGAUUACCAAGGAGGAGCUAAGUCUUGGGGAAGAAAUUGCUCGUUGCCCAAGCUGUUCUCUUUACAUAACCGUCAUCUAUAAUAUGGAAGAUUUCUUGGGAGAAUCUAAGAAGAACAAUCUUGAGCCUUCGAAACAGCACCCGGUCGCCGUGGCCUAGAAAUUCUGGUCAGAGGUUUUGUAUUU